AUGGUGCUUUCGUAUCUGCAAAGAUUAAACCGUUUUCUUUUCAGAUUGUGUGAUGACCCAGAAUACGGUCGUGAAGCAUCGAGGAUCAUUGAUAAGUGGAAGGAGGUGGCCCGACAAAGUGGUGUACGUGGUGGUGAAGAAGACGGUAGUUCGGAGGCUGAUGAACCUGCUGAUCGCAAUCCACCUACCCAAAGAAUGAGUUCUCUGAAUGGUAUUCACGACGUAGAAGCAAGAACCCGUGAUGAUGAUGACAGUAGACGAAGUCAGCAUCAUAGGGAAAGGAGCGAUUACCAAAGAGGCGAUUCAGAAAUGCGUGAUCGGGAGAAACAUCGCAGUAGGCAUGAGGAUGACAGGAAACAAAACCGUUCUGAGAGCACUAGGGAUGUGGAUAAUGUGAAAAAAUCUCGCUCUGAUUCCCAUCGACGGGAUGAAGACCGUAAGCGACGUCAUCGUGACGAGGAUGAGAGCAGGAAAACAUCUGAGCAUGGCAGUAAAACGAGUAAAGUAGAUCAACAGAAACAUCGCCAUGGUGACGACUAUGAUCGUAAAAGGAAGAGAAGAGAAGUUGAAGAAGGAACCUCUAGCAAAAGAAAAUCAUAUGGUGAUGAGGAUGACUAUUCUGACAGCAAGUACAAAGAUUCUGGUAGUGACAGCCACAUGGCUCCGGCUGAAAGUAGCCACGUAAAACUUGAGGACAGUGACGACGAUCAUGGUCAUUACGGUUCCGUUGAGAGAGCAAGUGAUGAGGAUUCGGAAGAUGCUGUCGAAGAAAAAGGCUGUUCGUCAUCGAGCAACAGACAAACGUCGUCUCGUAAUGAAAAAUCUCAUAAAGGAGGUCCUCCAGCUGAAGAGCGUGCGUCAAAGUCUAGCAAGACUCAUAGUUCCUCGCCGUCGAAGUCCAAGUCUGGGAAGUCGACAGAGCGUAGCAAGACUGCGACAGAUUUCGAGGCGAUACUACAAAGUGCCGAUACAACUCCGACAAAAAGCCGUAAACCUCGCGAUCCGCACUGGAAGUGGGCAGAAAUGCCUUUGCUUAACAACUACCAACCCUUCCCACAGACCUUCCGUGCUACGAAAGAACCGGCACCAGCUCCACAAGACGAAUUCAAUCCGGAGAAUAUGUUCAAACCUCGUAAUGAGCGUGGAAAAGUUUUUGCUGGUCGAAGAAAGGUUACAGCUGCAAGCAUGCCGUCUCUUUUCAAUCUCUGUCUUCGUGUCUUGUCUAGCAACAUAAGGGUUUUGUACUACGCGGAGUAUAUUAACUACGAUGUGCUCAAGCCGAUUUUGGAGAAAUGCAACGCAGAAACGCUUGCGCACAUAGAGUCCAGGCAUCAGUAUCUGGAAGAAGACUCCGGUGAAUUGUGGCAACGCUUUGUGACGAAAAAGUAUCCGGGGGAAGAACCGGAAGAUGGUGAUUCGUGGAAAGAGUUGUAUAGUUUCUUGGAAAAGGAAAGAGAGAAGAAGUUGAAGCAACUAAGCCAGCGUAUUGGAAAGCACCAUCAGUCAGAUUCGGCGAAUGCCCCUCGGAAAGCUUUGUUAGCCGAUGCAGCUGCUCCGAGCUAUAUAAGGCGCCGACAGAUUCAGAAUGGUACGGGCAUCACCAAACCUCUUCCAAGUGCAAUAGAAGUGUCCAGUGCACGUAGAAAAAUAUUUGAAACUGGAGGCUGCAAAGAUGCACUGGCUGCUCUUCCGAAAGCUGUAGUGAAUAAGAAUUCGACAGUGGGCGCUAAAAUGGACAGAGGUGGCCCGAAGAAACCUCCUGCUAAGAAAGGUGCUCUCAUGAUCAAGACAAUGAAAAUGUUGAAUAUGAAGCGCAAAUAG